AUGAGCGACCAGGCAUUAGAUCACGCCGACCAGCAAGCCGCGACAGCUCCUUCUCGAUCGUCGUUGACGCCCGAGGAGCUGGAAGCGAUGCGGAAGAUGCACGACUUCUUUCGCGAAGCCAACCGCAUGUGCGAAGAGCAGCAGCCUCCAAAGUUUAGCUACCUGAGGCUGCGGCUGGACUGGAUUCGGCUCAUUGAUCUGCAACCUGGGUCCGAGGACGAUCCAAUAGUCUGCGCCCUGAGCAUGCAACCCCUUCAAGAGCUCCCCGCCGACGAGUACGAGGCCGUCUCGUACGUAUGGGGGGAGAAUUUACACAAGGAGACAAUCACUUGUAACUGGCGCAUUCCCGUUAUCACCGCGGACUGGCAAAUAGCAUUCGCGGCCCCGAAAACCAUCACAAACAACUUUUCAGUGACAUCGAAUGUACUAGGUCUACUGAAAGGCUUGAGAUAUACGGAUAGGCCGCGAAGACUUUGGAUCGACCAGAUAUGUAUCGACCAGGAAGAUGAGGCGGAGAAGGCCGAGCAGAUCAAGAUCAUGACCGACAUCUAUGCCGGGGCGACCCGCGUGCUCAUCUGGCUCGGCGAUGGGGCAGACAUUUCUGAAGAGGACACCGAAGACAUCUUCGCGGCGAUUGAUCUGUACGCAAAUCUAUCAGAGCUUUCUGAGGCGGCAAUUUUCAGCUUCUUUUCAUGGGUCAUCACUGGGGAGACAAUUGACGUCUACGAUAUGCAAGAAGAAGACGAAGAAGGGCACUCGACGCGUACACAUCACGGCAUAUGGAGACAAAUCUUCAGGAAACUUCAGCCAACACUAGCAAUAUUGAAUGAUCCAGUUGCCGAUGCGGUUGUCUCGCGUGGGGAGUACCGUCGGGACCUUGCCAUGACACAAAUAUUCAGGCAAGGACCUUCACACCCGCAAUUCAAAGAAACGAUAGAACAGGCGCAAAUUGCCGAUACUUACGAGCGUCUCAAGAAGUGGCGCCUCAAGAGGCUUCUUCCCGAGCUUAGAUCAGCUGGUGCGACCGAGCCCAAAGAUAAAGUCCUGGCACUGACUGGAUUCGCACACGAUGAUGGCCGCAAGAUUGAACUCCCCAACCUGCCACACCAAGUGUCGCUUCUCUACCUGACCGUUGUCAAGUACUGGAUGACCACUCCGGACGACAAUCUCUACAUACUGUACAGCCGCAUAACUAGUCAAUACAGCUUCGACGUUGCCCAGACGCCAGAACGCCUAGAAGGAGAUGCCAAUGACAGCUUCUGGGCCUAUGUGAAGAAAAUGGAGACAACUGCGGCUGGGGAUGGCACAGUAUCUCGAGGGGUACCACCCGACAAAUACACCCCAGAGAAUCUCCGGGAAGCAAGAAGGGCACAAUUUUCCAAAGCCAAAGGGCGGGAGAGAGCCUUCUAUGCAGGCCGCACCAUGUUCACAUCGAGCAACGGCCUGAUCGGGCUAAGCCCUGCACAUGCAGCUGUAGGGGACAGUGUCAUCAUAAUCGCGGGCGCGCAUGUGCCAUUUGUCGUCUCCAAGCGACCUGACAACUACUACGAGAUCAAAGGAGAGUGUCUCGUCUAUGGUAUCAUGCACGGGGAGGUGAUGCAGGAUGUGCCAAAUGGAAAGAUCAAGGAGCUGACACUUGUCUAG